AUGCCUACUGCUACAACAACAGCUCACGGCUAUUCCUCCAUCUCUUUGGCAUCCGAUCUCUAUGGCCAUCAUUCUGUAGACUCACAACGAGUCUCCAUGUCUUCACUCAUAGACCCACACCAACACAAUGAUCAACAACAACAACAACAGCAACAUCAUCACCAUCAUCAUCCUCAUCGUCGCUCAUCACCUACAGGCUCCUGUCAUCAUUUACAACAAUGCCCACUCACCGAAGAAAAUUUAAAGCAGCAUACAUUAAAGGCAUCACUCGGUCGAGAAGGACGACAUAGACGUGUAAAAUACUACAUUGAAUCACAAAUCCGCUUAUUGCGCUUGCAAGCGGAUCUAGAAGGUCGUCGAAUGGCUGAAAUGCGUUCACUCGUACCACUUGAUACACCAUCUUUGGAAGACGAGGUCAUUGUGCUUGAAGAUGACUAUGACCUAUCAUUACAACAACAACCUAAUGAAAUUAUUGAUCACACCAAAUCAAGUCCACAACAACAGCAUCGUCGUAAGAAAAGAUUGAGUGAUGCACGACAAUGGGUGAUGCAGCGUAUCUUUAAAAAGAACAACAGCAGCACAAAGAAGCAGCAGCAUAAUAAUGAGGAUGACCCUAAUGUCGAUCAUGAGACAUCAUCAUCAUCACCACCACGCCGUCGUCCAGCAUCAAUCACUGUGCAACCACAACAUCGUCAUGAGGAUGGGCUAUUGGAAAAUGAUCAAACAAAGAUCCUUAGCUAUGAACAAUACCAACAUGAGAAACGAGCCUUGAUUGGGCAAGGUUUAUCAGGUCUUAGCAACCCCAACAUUGCACGGGCAUUGGGUGUUCCUGCUGAUGACCAGCAUCAAGCUAGCUUGGCUUCGUUGUUAUUUUCCACCUCAACAUCAUCGUCUUGCACUCCACCACCACCUCCUGUAUCACCCAGUAGUAAUAGCAACCCUCAACAACAACAACAUCACCAUGUCCACUGUCAUUCCUCCACCACCCCUGCUGCCACGGAAAGUCAAAUUACAACGUCUGCUUCGCUAUCCUACCAGAAACGGGAUUCAGGAGUCUCGGUGCUUUCAAAGCCAAACCAUCAUCAUCGUCAUCAGCAUCAUCGGCAUCCUACUUCAUCUUCUAUUACAGCCAACACGGCAACUACAAUGAUGGAGGAUGCCGCCACAAGACACCAUCGUAGGAGUAAUAGUAAAAGAAGAGCACAAUCAAUGGAUAGCUUAGUGUCAGUACGAUAUCCUAAAAUGGUGCAUGUCAAGGUAUUGAGAGGGGCUGCAAUACACGCCCUUUCUUCAUCCGAUAUGUCGCUUGCAACACCUCCACAGCCAACCGACAGCAUUCCAGAUUGCUGCAUCAUGCCGGAUAAAUCAGCCUGCUGUUGCUCUUCAUAG